GGCCGCGGAAACAUUAGAUUGGUUAUGCGUGUAUAUCAUUUGUAAAUAUUGAGGCAAGAUAGCCCAGUUUGGACUGUCCACGUGCAUACCUAACUUGGAAUCGAUUAAUUUUUCUUCUCCUCUUCAACAGAAUUCAGUUUAUUAAGAAGUAGAAUACAGAAGACGACAUUCAUUCAUUCUACUGCACAAAUACAGUCAGAUUUCACAUUUUCGAUUGUGCGAACUAUUCUACUUUUAUUUUUUUCUAACUGUGAAAGUGAACAACAAACGACAACUAACUCCACCGGUUUGAAGCAUUCUGAAUCGAUACAUAUCUUUCUUACAUUCAACGGAGAAAAAAUAGUAGCUUUUUUGAUCACAUAUAUAUUGUAAUCUAAUUGUGAAAUAAGAAGUCAGUCUAAGGAAAACUAAUUUGAACGCAUAAGAUAUCAAUUUGUCAGCAUCGAUUCUAAAGAAAAUGGACUAUCCAGAUGCAGAUGCUGGCUAUGUGGAUGAAGAUGAAGAAGAGAUCCCAUUGGCUGAACGAGAGUUGGCAGAAGAUGCUGAAUGGAAAGUUAUCCAGAAAAAUACAUUUACAAGAUGGGCAAAUGAACAUUUGAAACCUAAAAAUGUCAAUGUAGAUGAUAUUCAGUUUGAUUUUGCUGAUGGUCUACGUUUAAUUGCACUGGUUGAAUCAUUAUCUGGACAACAGUUUAAACAUGUAAAUAGAAAACCAAGUUUUCGUACUCAAAAAUUAGAAAAUGUUACAAUGGUUCUCAGAUUUUUGGAAGAAAACGAAGGCUUACGAUUGGUGAAUAUAGACAGCUCAGAUAUUGUUGACUGUCGUAGCAAACUAAUUUUGGGUUUAAUCUGGACUCUUAUCCUGCACUACUCAAUCACAAUACCACUCUGGGAGGGUGAACCUGAUUUUGGGGCUCAAGGACCAACCCCAAAACAACGCUUAAUGGCUUGGUUGAAUAACAAACUAGCUGACAGACCAGUUAAAAAUUUCACAACUGAUUGGAAUGAUGGAAUUGCAAUCGGUGCUCUUGUUGAUGCAUGCGCUCCAGGUCUUUGCCCUGAUUGGAGAGACUGGGAACCCAAACAAAAUCUUCGAAAUGCUCGCGAAGCAAUGGGAGCUGCAGAACAGUGGUUAGAUGUACCCCAACUUAUUCGUCCAGAAGAGAUGACAAAUCCUAGAGUUGAUGAAAAGGCUAUGAUGACCUAUUUAAGUCAGUUCCCAAGUGCUAAACUAAAGGAUGGUGCACCUUUGAGACCGAAAUCCAAUCCUGGGCUUGUUCGAGCUUUUGGUCCUGGUCUUGAACCGCAUGGAAAUACAGUUGGUAAUCCAGCAAGAUUUACAAUUGACACAUUCAGUGCUGGUCGUGGUGCUGUUGAAGUGAUUGUAUUAAAUCCUAAAGGACAAAGGGAACCAUGUGAUGUACUCAGUAAUAAUGACAAACAACAAACUUAUUCAUGUGCUUAUGUACCAACACAAGAAGGUGAAUAUAGAGUCAUCAUUAAAUUCGCCACAAAAGAAAUUCUAAAUUCACCCUUCAAAGUAAUGGUGGAAGGUGCACAAGGUGAUGCAAGCAAAGCAACAGCUUCUGGUCCAGGAAUUGAGCCUCAAGGAAAUCAAGUUGGUCGACGUACAUUCUUUAAUAUAUUUACUGCAGCUGCAGGACCUGGAAAUGUCGACUGUGUGAUUCUAGAUCCUCAUGGCCGGCGUGAUGCUGUUAAACCAUUGAUUACACGUCAAGGUGAAGAUAAUUACCUUGUAGAAUAUACACCAAAAGAUGAAGGUCUUCAUUCAGUGAACGUGUUCUUUGCUGGUCAGCAAAUACCGAAUUCACCAUUUGGUGUUAUGGUUGGUCCACGACCACCACCUCCAGUACAGUCUCCUGCUCCUAUAAUUAGUCAAGAAGCUCCUUUGCAAGCAUCACAAGCAGCUAGAAAAAUGUCUCAACCAAAACGACCAGCAUGUGAUCCAAAACAAGCAUAUGCCACGGGUCGAGGCAUUCAACCUCAGGGUAUACGUGUUAAAGAUUUGGCUGAUUUUAAAGUGCAUACAGAAGAUGCUGGAGAAGGUCCAUUGGAAGUGUCUGUGAUUGCACCAGAUGGUAGAGGAAUUCCGUGUACAAGUCGUAAAACAGGUGCCUAUUUAUUCGAUUGCAGUUAUACACCACAAAGACCAGGUACACAUCAAGUUAAUGUUCGAUAUGGAGGGGAUCAUAUUAUGCUCAGUCCAUUCACGGUUGAAGUGGCUCCCUAUAAGGAAUCACGUAUUCGAGCAUUUGGUCCAGGUCUUCUCGGUGGUGUUGUUAAUAAGCCAGCUGUUUUUGUUGUAGAGACAAACGGAGAAACUGGUGCUCUGGGCUUUUCCAUUGAAGGUCCAAGUGAAGCAAGAAUUGAUUGUACAGAUAAUGGUGAUGGAUCAGCUACUGUAGCUUACUGGCCAACAGCUCCUGGCGAAUAUGCAGUACAUAUUUUAUGUAAUGAUGAAAAUAUACCGAAAUCUCCCUUCAUGGUUCCAAUUGAACCUGAUAUGGGUAAAUGCGAUCCGGAAAGGGUCAAGGCUCAUGGACCAGGUAUAAUGCCUACUGGAAAUGUUGCUGGCCAACCAACUGAAUUCAUUGUCGAUAUAAGAGAUGCUGGAGGUCCUGCGCCAUUAACAGUUGAAUGUCGAGACAAUGAAGGUGAACCGGUUGCAUUAAAAGUUCGUGACAAUGGAGAUGGUACAUACACAUGUAGCUAUACACCAAAAGUGCCCAAAAAGCAUACAGUUCUUGUUUCCUAUGGUGGAGUUAAUAUACCUAGAAGUCCUUUCAGAGUUGAAGUAGCCGAACCCAGUAAUCCAGGAAAAGUACGCGUUUUCGGUCCAGGGGUGGAAAGUGUAACUAGAAGUCAGCCAACUUAUUUCACUGUAGACUGCAAACAAGCUGGACAUGGAAAUGUCGGUAUCAGUGUUACAGAUGAAGCUGGACGUGAUGUUGCUAUGGAUACACAAGAUAUGCGAGAUGGAACAUUUAAAGUCGCCUAUACAGCAAAUACACCUGGACCUUACUAUACUGUACAAGUUUUCUUCAACAACCAAGAAGUUCCACGUAGUCCAUUUAAAGUCCCUGUUAAGCCAAAUAUAGACAUGUCUAAAAUUCAUGUCGAAAAUCUUGAACCAAACAUUACUGUAGGUGUACCAACUGAGUUCGACGUAAUAACUGCUGGUGCAGGACCACCGAAUAACAGUAAACCAAAACCAACUAUAACGGUGAAAUCUCCUAACGGUAUGCGUGUACCAUGCACUAUCGCUGAUAGUGUUGAUGGAUACACACCUUCGUUUACACCAACCGUCGUUGGACCUCAUACUGUUGUUGUGGAAGUUGGUGGUGUGCCCGUCAAAGGAAGUCCAUUUCGUACAAAUGCUGUCCCACCUCCUUCACUUCAUGAACCUAUCUACGCUACAGAUGUUGCACGUCAGCAGGCUAGCUCGGUGCCUAUUUCUGGACCUGAUGCAGCCACUUUAGUUCGUGCAUAUGGUGAUGGACUCUAUCGUGCAACAGCUGGAAAGCCUGCAAAAUUUACUAUCGACAGUCAAGAUGCUCCACCUGCUCCUCUUAGCGUUACAAUUGAGGGCCCUGCAGAGGCUAAAAUAAAUUACAAUGAUAAUGGUGAUGGUACAUGUGGAGUGGAUUACCUACCAACUGAACCUGGACCAUAUGUUGUUAAUGUUUUGUACAAAGAUACACAUAUCAAAGGAAGCCCAUUCCCCGUAAGGGUUGCUCCACCUGGAAGAGAACAUAUCGAUAUAUCACGGGUUCAUGCUUAUGGUCCUGGAUUACAACCAACUGGUGUUCUAAAAGAGUCUUUUGCCAAGUUUACAGUCGAUGCCAAGGCAGUAGAUCCACAGGGCCGAGGAGUGGUCAAAGCCAUUGUUGUCAGUCCAAGUAAACAGAGGACAGCUUGUUUAAUACAAAACAACGGAGAUGGAACAUAUAAAUGUAGUUACUCACCAAUAGAUGAUGGUUUGCAUCAUGUUGAGGUUACAUACGAUGGAGCACCAGUACCUGGUAGUCCUUUUCCAGUCAAUGUUGCCCCUGGAUGUGAUCCAACUAGAGUAAGAGCAUAUGGGCCUGGUUUGGAAGGUGGAUUCACACAUGAGAUGCAAAGAUUUACAGUUGAUUUAGACGGUGCCGGCCAAGGUGCUCUCGGGUUAGCUUUAGAAGGUCCUGCUGAUGCUCAGAUCCAAUGUCAAGAUAACAAAGACGGGACAUGCACAGUAGACUACUUACCAACUCGUGCAGGAACAUAUGAUGUUUUUGUGAAAUUUAACGAUAUGAAUAUCCCAGGUAGUCCAUUUCAAGUUCCAAUUCGAGAUGUCGUUGAUCCAGCUCGUGUUCGAUGUUACGGUCCAGGUCUGGAGCCAAGAGGUGCAAGAGCACAACAACCAGCACACUUUACUGUCGAUGCCUCACAAGCUGGAGAUGCACCAAUACAAGUUGCAACAAUUGAUCGAUUGGGCAGAUCAACUCCAGGGCAUAUUGUUCCACGACCAACUCAACCAGGUGUCUACGAUGUAACAUAUGUUCCAGAUACAGAUGGUCCUUGUCAAAUUGAAGUGAAACAAGGCGGAAACCAUGUGGCUCGUUCACCAUUCAUGCAACAUGUCCUACCAGCAUUUGAACCACAACGUGUUCGUGUGACAGGAGAAGGCGUUCACCCAACGCGACCAUUAGGUCUACCAGCUACUCAACCUACCUCUUUCCAAGUAGAUACAAGAGACGCAGGUCUUGGAGAUUUAGAAUUAUCAGUAAUGGAUUCUGAAGCUCAACCACUACAAUUGGAGGUAGUUGAUGUUGGAGAUGGAACAUAUAUCUGCCACUAUACACCAAUGAUUGUUGGACGUCAUACUGUGCGUGUUAAAUAUGGUGGACAAGAAAUUCCCGAAAGUCCAUUUUUAGUUCCAGUUGCACCGUCCGGACGAGCCAAUAUGUGCCGCAUUGAAAAUGGAAACGAUAGUCGAAUACCUGUUGGUCAAGAGUGCGUGAUCAGUGUGAAUACAUCUCAAGCUGGUGUAGGUCAGCUAACAUGUCGUAUUAUUACACCAUCUGGAGCAACUGCUGACGUAGAAAUUCAUGAAGCGCCAAACGGUCGUGUGAACAUUUUCUAUACACCACCAAUUCGUGGAGAUUACUUAGUAGAAAUACGUUUCGGCGGUGAACUUAUACCGAAUGGUAGAUUCAAUCAAAAAGCUGUCAAUCCAGAGGACCUAAUCACCGAAGUAACGGAACAAAGAGCACAACAUGUUAAUGUACACUCUGUACAAUCAGUUCACUCAUCUACAAUUACAACAGGAUAUCAUCCAGUUGAUUUCAAAUUGCCUGUUGGUCCAACAUUCAGUCAUGUAGAAGGUCUGGUUCGUACACCAAGUGGUCGUGUUCUACGUCCAAGUUUAAUUGACAAUGGAGACGGAACGGUUACAGCACAAUUUCAGCCAACUGAACCUGGUUUGCAUGAACUAGAAAUCACCUACAAUGGUCAGCCAAUACCAGGAAGUCCAUUCAGAUUUUAUGUUGAAGCUGUUGGAUCUGGAAUUGUAACCGCCUAUGGGCCAGGAUUAUCUUACGGAAGGGCUGGAGAACCAGCUAAUUUCACUUUGAUAACACGAGAUGCCGGUGCAGGUGGAUUAUCGCUUUCAGUUGAAGGACCAUCUAAAGCUGACAUACAAUGCGAUGAUAACAAAAAUGGUACUUGCAGCGUAAGCUAUUUACCUUUGGUACCUGGAGAAUAUACUAUAUCGAUAAAAUUCAUGGAAAACCAUAUACCUGGAUCACCAUUUACUGCACAUAUUGCAGGUGAGUCUAAAAGAUUUAAUCAAGUCUGUGUGGGAACUACAAGUGAAAUGCCGUUACGUAUCACAGAAACAGACAUUUAUAAUUUGGUCGCAACUGUUCGCAGUCCAUCAGGUCUUGAACAACCAUCUACACUUAAGAGAUUGCCAAAUGGACACUUGGGUAUUUCUUUUACUCCACAUGAGAUUGGUGAACAUUUUGUCAAUGUGUUUCGGAAUGGUAGACAUAUUGCUAACAGUCCAUUUAAAAUUUAUGUUGGUGAAAGUGAGAUUGGUAACGCCUCUAAAGUUAGAAUCUAUGGUACUGGUUUACGAGAAGGCAUGGCAAAUCAAAAUUGUCAGUUUACUGUUGAUACAAGAAAUGCAGGUUAUGGUGGUUUGAAUCUAUCAAUUGAAGGUCCUAGUAAGGCAGAUAUUGAAUGUCACGACAAUCAAGACGGCACAUGUUUAGUUACCUAUCGUCCAACAGAGCCUGGAACGUAUAUUAUCAAUGUAAAAUAUGCUGAACAGCCGGUACCAGGAAGUCCUUUUGUUGUUCACAUAGGUGGAGAACCAUCUCUUAGAAUGAUGGAAAGAAUUACUCGACAAAGAGAACUUGCUGACGCAACAUAUGUAGGCAGUCAGUGUGAAUUGAAUUUGAAAAUUCCAGGCAUAAACAUUCGUGAUUUAACAGCUAAUGUAACCAGUCCAUCAGGAGUGACCCAAAGAUGUGACAUAUUAGCAACGGAUGAUGUGAACUACACCAUCAAAUUUGUUCCACAAGAAAUGGGUGUACAUACUGUUUCAGUACGCCAUCGAGGAUCACAUAUCUCUGGAAGUCCAUUCCAGUUUACUGUAGGUCCUAUAACAGAAGGUGGAGCACACAAAGUACAUGCUGCUGGUCCAGGAUUACAACAUGGUUUAACUUAUUCACCAAAUGACUUUAGUAUCUAUACUCGAGAAGCAGGUGCAGGUGGUUUAUCGAUUGCUAUUGAAGGGCCAAGCAAAGCAGAAAUUGAUUUUGAGGAUCGAAAAGAUGGUUCUUGUGGUGUUUCCUAUCGAGUAACUGAACCAGGUGAAUAUUUGUGUUCUAUACGUUUCAAUGAUGACCAUAUACCUAAUUCACCAUAUCGUGUCAUUAUCAAUGAGUCAAUGGAGCGGACAUUCUACACACCUGAAACCAAACUAUUGAGUGUUGCAACGGUCCAGGAUCGUGGUCUACAGAUUGGACGUCCGACAGCAUUUACUGUGAACUAUACAGGAAUGACAGGUAGAAUGAGAGCUUAUGUUGUAGCUCCAUCUGGUAUACAGUCAGAUGCAUUUGUACAUCAGGUAGACGUUGAUCAACAUGCAGUUCGCUUCACACCUCAUGAGAGUGGACCACACUUAGUUCAUGUAUUGAUGGAUGAACGUCCAAUACCUGGUAGUCCUUUCCGUGUUCUCGUAGGACAAGAAGAAACGGGUCCAGUCACUGCUAGUGGAGAAGGUUUGAGUCAUGGUCGAGUUGGUGAACGUAAUCGAUUCUUUGUGAAUACUGUCCACGCUGGUAAUGGUGCACUAUCAGUUACAGUAGACGGUCCAAGUAAAGUUCAGUUGAAUUGUACGGAACGACCAGAUGGAUAUGAAUUCACUUAUAUGCCAUUAUCACCUGGUGAAUACAUGAUUAGUAUUAAAUAUGGUGAUGCUCAACAUAUAAUAGGUUCACCAUUCAAGGCAAUUGUAACUGGAGAUGCUGUACACGAGACGUUCACAGCUGAUACAACACAUGUUGUUGUAGAAACAGGAGGACGUUUGAUCAAUGGACCUCAUUCAAAUUUCGGUCCAUCACGACCUGAUCGUGUCACAUGCUCUGGACCAGGUCUCCAACAAGCUUAUCUCAAUGAAGUUAACACCUUUACGGUCAAUGCCACACAAGCAGGUCACGAUGUAUUGUAUGUAGGCGUAUCUGGACCAGUGGUAGCUUGUGAAGAAGUUAACAUCAAACAUUUAGGUCAUGGUCAAUAUUCAAUUAGUUACACUGUACGUGAUCGUGGUCGUCAUCUGAUUAUGAUUAAAUGGGGUGAACAACAUGUCCCCGGAAGUCCAUUCACUGUUAAUGUUAUUUAAAUCACAAUAGUAUAGUUUACUAAUUAUUCAGUUGUGUAGUAAGUACAUAAAUACAUUGAAAAGAGAUAGUAAGCAACAUUUUGAGUGAACAUACAAUGUUGUGCUUUUAAUUAACAAUAAUAAUAAUAAUAAUAAUAAUAAUAAUAAUAAUAAUAA